GGUGUUUGGGGGUUCAUUAUGCUUCUAACCUCCGAGAAGAAUGGCCGGUUGGAUAUGGUUUCGUUGUCUUUUUGGGCCCAAUCUACACCGAAUUCAUCGCCCACCGGACCAGAGCAGACCUGAAGCCCGAACCGGGAGGAGGGGAUGGCCAUACCAGCCCAAGAGUCUUGAGAAACACACCGACAGCAUCCUGGGAUGGGCUUCGGCUCUCUGGUCGAUCUCGUACUACAGUUCCCCGCUGUUACUGUGCUACCUCUACAGGAAAGGGUACAUCUGCAACACCAAGCUGAUCCCGGUCAGUCAGUAUGUGGGUACGGUGCUGGUCUGCCUGCUGGGAAUUGCUUGCUUGAGAGGUCUGGGUCGCUGGAGGAACCCGGAGUACCUGCAGUUCAUCAGCAUACUCGAGGAGACGAGGAAGAACCACACCCAAAACAACAAGAAAAAGCUGGCAUGCUACGACUUUGACUUCUCUCACUGGCCGGCAGACUUCAGCUGGAGCGAAGUCAGCUCUCCGAAGUCGUCACAGGGGGCCGUGUCCUUGCUCAAGCCGGAGCCCAGGCACAGGGGGUCAGCUGACAGCGUGCUCAGCUCCGUCCGAACCCUGCCGUGCCACGUCAUCAGCUACCUGAUCACUCACUCUUUUGGGCGGAGGAUGCUGUACCCGGGGUCUGUGGGGCUCCUGCAGAAGGCCAUGCGGCCAGUGCUCCAGCAGGGCCAGGCCCGACUGGUGGAGGAGUUUGAAGGCCAGAGGAAUAAGCUGGUGGCAUGUGAUGGAAAUGAGAUCGACACCAUGUUUGUGGAUCACCGGAGAGAUGGAGGGGAGAGGGGGAAGACACUGGUCAUCUGCUGUGAGGGAAACGCAGGUUUCUAUGAAGUGGGCUGCAUGAACACUCCUUUAGAAGGAGGAUACUCAGUGCUGGGAUGGAAUCACCCUGGUUUUGGAGGAAGCACAGGCGUGCCUUUCCCCCAGAAUGAGGCCAAUGCCAUGGACGUGGUGAUCCAGUUUGCGGUUCAUAAGCUGGGCUUCAAGCUGAAGGACAUCAUUGUGUACGCCUGGUCUAUAGGGGGAUUCACAGCCAGCUGGGCGGUGAUGUCAUACCCCGAGAUCAGGGCGGUGGUUCUGGACGCCUCCUUCGAUGACCUCCUGCCCCUGGCCCUGAAGGUCAUGCCCGACAGCUGGAGACCUCUGGUGACACACACAGUGAGGCAGUACAUGAACCUCAACAACGCUGACCAACUCUGCAAGUACCAGGGCCCAGUGCUGUUGAUCAGACGAACCAAAGAUGAGAUCAUCACCACCUCGGGUCCGGAGGACGUCCUGUCCAACAGAGGCAACAACUUGCUGCUCAAACUGCUCCAGUUCAGAUACCCCAAGGUUUUGACCGAGGAAAGCGUGCGGGCGGUUGGAGAGUGGUUGGGAGCAACGAGCCAGUUGGAGGAAGCCUCAGUGUACAGUAGUUAUGAGGUGGAUGAUGACUGGUGCACAUCAGUGCUGCAGUCCUACCAGACCGACAGAGAGACAACUUUCCCCUGGAGUGUCGGUGAAGACAUGACUGCGGACGGUCGGCGGCAGCUUGCUCUGUUUCUGGCACGGAAGUACAUGCGAAAUUUCGACUCCACGCACUGCACCCCCCUCCCCAUCACCGAGUUCCAGCAGCCCUGGAGACUGUAGCUGGAGAGAGGGGGGGGGUCAACAGAGGGAGAGAGAGAGAGGAGGAACGAGAGAGGAACCCUGUCUGGGCGGAGCGGAGCGGGGCGAGGAUCGGGAGGCAUGCUGGGAAAUGGCGCCGCUGAGGUCCAGGUCCUCUGUGGGGCGGUGGCUGAAGUCGAAGAUCCGUUUUAAUCGCAGGUCUUAGUCGCCAGGGUUACCCUUUCCUUUCCCCCCCCCCCCUCUCACCCAUGGGCUGUAUUCUUAAAACAAUCACAUCAGAAACAAAACAAAGCUAAAAAAAACAUACACGCCAGGAGAUCUCAGCCAUGCUCUGGUCCUCCAUGGCCACAGUUAACCUUUCAGUUACUCUCUCAGUUACUCUCGGGAGGACGUUGUGGCCUUAUCGGAGCUCCACACGUCUGUUUUUUGGCACAGGAAUAGCAUCAUGUGCAGGAAAUGUAAGCUUACCGCCAAUAACUCCAGGUAGUCUCUCACGACGGCUACCGUUGUGUAUAGUGUAUUUAUAAGCAGGUCGACCGGUCUCAUUUCCCUGCCUGGGGCUGCGGGGACCACACCCACACCCACACCAAUGACACAGACUUGCCACAGCUGUAGAGAUUUUAAGUGCGCAGCCCACAACCCCCCCCCCCUCCUCUGCACAUGCUCCUUCACCUUCUCUAUUCUGUGGACACUGUUAUGAAAAAAUAUGUAUCCUAAAAGUUAUUCAUGUUCAAUAUUAUGGUAAA